GAGCACGGCUUGAAGGACGUGGUCAGUGUUGAUCAACGAGAUGUUCUCGCUGAAGGUUUUCCAGAAGCUGGCUCUACUCAUAAUCCCGAUGGUUGUCAUGCUGUCAUGAUCGAUCUACCACAACCGUGGGCUGUUAUACCAAACCUGCCUAAGUGUUUUACUGCUUCAGGCGGGAGGGUGUGUGUCUUCUCACCUUGUAUAGAACAAAUACAAAAAUCCUGCAAUAGUCUACGCUCAGCUGGCUUUACUCAGACUGAAGUUUUUGAGUGCGUUUCAAGAAACUACGAUUUUGUGCAUUCAGUUUUGAACGUGCCCAACUUUGGCCAGAAGAGCGCCACUGACCUAUUAAAUGGGACCUACGUUUUCGGAAAGUCCGAUGUAACUGAAGAAACAAAUUCAGUUGGCAAGACAUAUAAGAAGCAUGAGCCCCAUCUCUACCCCCCAUUGGACAAAUACCUCGCAUCCACAAAUGGCUCUAAAGGCAAGCAUGGCAAUCGUGAGGAUGGCUGCUGGGUUGCUGUGCCGAGGCACAAAGAUACGGGUCAUACCGGCUACUUGGCGUUUGCCUCAUAUAUUCCCAUGUGUAAAACUGAAUUGACUCCAUCUACUGCAGUCACUUCCACAACAGACGUUCAAGGGAACGAGGGAAUCGAUCAGGCCAUGGACUGCAGUGAAACAAAUCAAUAA